AUGCCAAGAGAGGUUGUGGCAGAGGAAAUUCCAGUCAAUACUCAACCAUUGGAAGAACUUAUAGAUGAUGAGCUACUUAGACUCUUUGACUGUCCAAUCUUAGGAAUUCCAAAUAUAGGUGUUCAUUCUGUUAGAGUUGAUCCAUUAUUGAAUGUUGGAGACAAUAUUAUUGCAAAUUCUCUAACCAAUGCUCAGAACAUGGCAGUUGAUACUAGUCAAAUGGAGAUCAUACCAUCAAGUCAAUUACAGUUUGAGGAAAUGGAUAACACAUCACAUCAGCAGCAGGAACAAAAGUCAACAAAAAGAAAGCACAAAUCAAAGGAAACAAAGUCACUUGGACUCACUAAGUCAAGAACUACAGUGGCAAAGACUUACGGGACAAAAUCUUCCAACAUUAUGAAGUUCAAAAAUGACAAGUCUUCUGCAAUUGAAUUAGAUUGACAGAU